AUGGAGCUGGACACGAUACUGAACACGCGAUUAACAGCAUAUGCAGGCACACGAGUACCAUUCGGCAUGCAGCACGCAAUGCAGCACGAACUCCAGCAGCAGCACUUCGGCGCGCCGCCCUACAUGAACGGCGGCCGCAUCAAGUCGGAGAACGGCUCGGAGCGUGGCGUAUCGCCUCACCCGUCAGACUCGUCGCGCUACUCGUCGCAAGCACCGCAGCAGCAACUACCCUCGUACCCAGCAAUCCCUCCCCAACACCUGAACGGCAUGCGAUAUCCCUCGCCAUCACAGUUGCAGGCCCCAAUGCCCAUGCUCAACAACAACAAUUAUAUCCCAACGCCCCCCGAACACGCGUACGCUCCCCAACAGCAACAGCUGUCCGAUCCCCAGCAGCACAACGGUGGUCGCCCCGCGUCUGACACGGGUCCUCCAAAGGCCUUCGCGUGCUCGACCUGUGGUAAAGGCUUCGCGCGACGCAGUGACCUCGCACGUCAUGAACGUAUCCACAGCGGCAUCCGUCCCCACGUGUGUGACUACCCCAACUGUGGCAAGCAAUUCAUUCAGCGUUCGGCCCUGACGGUCCACCAACGUGUCCACACUGGCGAAAAGCCUCACAUGUGCGAGCGAUGUGGAAAGCCGUUCAGUGACUCGAGCUCGUUGGCACGUCAUCGCCGCAUUCACUCUGGAAAGCGUCCCUACAAGUGCCCAUAUGCCGACUGCCAGAAGACUUUUACGCGCCGCACUACCUUGACCCGCCACCAGAACCACCACACUGGCACAGUUGAAGAGGCUGCUGCUGCCACCGCCGCUGCUCUCGCCUCGCGUGCUACUGCGCCGAGCAGGACUGGUCGCUCUGACGGUGGCGAUUAUUCCGAGACGGCAUCGCCACUCAACACGCCCUCCCCGAACGACCGCACCCUAUCCCUCUCUCCCGCCAACGGGAUGCCUGCAGGUGUUGUCCCUGGCAUGCACCGUCAGCCCUCUGACUAUGCCUACAUGGGAGGCAUGAACGUUCCCCCUCACAUGCGCAACGAGAUGCCCCAGCCUAGCCCGCGUGCUUCUCCUGCAUUGACCCCGCAGUCAUAUGCUUCGAACGUGAGUGGCCCUCGACCCACAAUCACCUCACAUCCGAGCGCAUAUGGGCCACCGCCGAUUCUAGAGCCACCGGCGUCGGCAAACCAUAACCAGCCUGGUGGAACCAGUAGCGCCAAUGGCAGCCCUCACAUGUCGACCAUGGGUUGGCAGUCCCCGUCCCAGCAAGCCAUCCCAUCUCCGGGAGCUGCAGACAACGGCUAUGUCUACCCUGAGCCACAGUACAACCCGCAGAACAGCAUGUACUAUCAGAAUCACAACAUCCGGCGCCCCAACAGCACCGAGCCGGACCACUACAACCCCAAUCAGCAGCGGAUGGGAGGCGAGAUGUGGGCCCCUGCUGUGCAGUAA